AUGAGUCUUCAAGCGAUCGAGAGAGGAACAAUUAUGGCGCAGCGAUCAGUCGUCGGACGGCCCGUCGUCAGAGCUGCUUGUCUGCUCGCUAGAGAUUCUUCCACUGAAGUAAUCGACGUCCAUCGACUCUCGCAGAGAAAUACUUCGAUUAUCCAAUACGUCGAAGUGGCGGAUUCCAAGGGUCAUCUUUACUGCGUGGACGGCCUGGUGAACGCGGCUUGCUGGGUCAAGAUCGUGACACUUGCAAAAGACUGUCAAAGCUGUAACGUGUUGCUUAUGAGCACGGAAAAGGGUGUCGUACUUAAAGUAAUGAGGUGCAUCGUUCCUGGGGAGCCACUGUUGAUGUGGUUUACAGAAAACAUACUUGCGUUGAUGAACAUGCCGUUUCUGACGCCUUCGAACAUCCAAGGUCAAAAUCGUUACACCUGCCACAUUUGCAACCAUCAUUUUGAGUAUCCAAAUCCCUUGAAGGUUCAUUUGGCCCUGAAGUGCAAUCGUCUGGACAACAAUCAUUUGUGGAGUGUUCUAGCGCGAGAGUUCGCAACGAAAACAUCGCCGACGAGAAUAUCGCCGAUUAUCGUCGAGAGGUCGGACUCGAACGUUUCGCUGGCGAACAAUUCACCGACCUCUUCAAAUCAGGGAUCUCCAACUUCGUCGAACCAUCCAUCCCCAACGUCCUCCAAUGGUCCAUCCCCAAACUCGUCGAUUCCCAUAUCACCUGUGCGAAAAAACUUCGCCUACCGCGCUAAUUCCGCUUUCAAGCCUUAUGAGAACAAACCCACCGUCUUUCCCAUUAGCACUCCGCCCCUUAAUGUCGUUACGAGCAACAACAUUCGCAACGAGACUGUACACAAUAAUUUUAUCAAUGUCCCACCACCUCCGACCAUCCGGAACGACGCCCAUGCCGCCCAGAUGGAAACCCUCGUCAGCAAUCUAGGCAAAUCGAAGCAGGGACAUUUGUGCAUCUACUGCGGAAAAGUUUACUCCCGGAAAUAUGGUCUCAAAAUCCACAUCAGAACUCACACAGGUUACAAGCCUCUAAAGUGCAAAUUCUGUUUGAGACCGUUCGGAGACCCCAGUAAUUUGAACAAGCACGUAAGACUCCAUGCGGACGGUGAGACGCCCUAUCGGUGUGAUUUGUGUGGCAAAGUGCUCGUGAGGAGGAGAGACCUCGAGAGACACAUAAGAUCGAGGCACCAGGACAAUGCGGAUCAUGGUUCUGACGUAUCGUCCGAUGGUAUUAUGGAUUAGGAGCAUUGGGGAUAGAAAAAAAGGGAAAUGCAGGGUAUGCCAAAAAAUUUGGCUACUAUUAAUGGGUCACAUGGAUAGAUCGUCGAAUUCUGAGGAUAAACUUCCUCAGUGAUUUUUUUCUCAGAGCAACCGUUCUCAAGAUAUUCGAUAAAACGUAACGACCAAUAGGGUUGCGCGAGGAGGGAAGAGCGCGGAGUGGGGGGAAUGCGUCCCGUCACG